GUGUUUAUGUUCAGUCGUGUUGUGGCCGGGGACCGACCAGGAGUGAAUAUUUUCGUGGGUGUGGUGAGAACUUCGUGGUCGUGAUCAUUGCGUGUGCAGUUAAAUAUGUGUUUUCUGACCUUUUAGUGUUCUGUUCAAGAUGCAAAACCAGAGCCAUAACAACGUUGAAGACAAGUUUGGAAUGAAUUUCAGCGCCUUUGACCCCGAGCUGUUCUCACAGCCACACAUCGGCGCCGCAAUGGGCGGGAUGGGGAUUGGCAUGAAGCGCUCCGCCCACGAUGCAGGGCUGGACCGUGAACCAUUGGGUCUCUCCUCAGACGACGAUUCAGAUCUGCUAAAGAAAGACGACAAGAUGAACCCGUCGUCGAGCAGAGAGGCAAUGCUGCACCACCAGACCUCCCUCGUCGACAACCAGCAGUCCAAGACACUCCCCAACGGCAAGAAAACCAAGGGGCGAGUGAAAAUUAAGAUGGAGUUUAUCGACAACAAAUUGAGGAGAUAUACGACGUUCUCGAAGAGGAAGACCGGCAUUAUGAAGAAGGCGUAUGAGCUGUCGACGCUGACGGGGACGCAGGUGAUGCUUCUGGUGGCGAGUGAGACGGGGCACGUGUACACAUUCGCCACCAGGAAGCUGCAGCCCAUGAUCACCUCGGAGGCCGGCAAGGCCCUCAUCCAGACGUGCCUCAACAGCCCGGACCCGCCCCAGGUCUCCCAUCACCACGACCAGCGCAUGUCCGCCACCGGCUUCGAGGAGACGGAGCUCACAUACGCCGUCAACGAGGACGAGCACAAGGUCAGACAGAUGAUGUACUCGGCGCCCAUCAACUCCAUGCACCAGGGUGGCUCCAUGGCCUCGCCCUCCCACCACGCCGCAGCCGCCGCCGCCGCCGCCGCAGCCGCCCUCCAGACCCAUCACCACCAGCCCCAGUACCACCACCCACACCCCCCGCCCACCCCGCACCUCAGCACGCCCACCUCCACCCACCCAAUGAACCAUCACCACCACCACCUCACACAGUCCUCGCCUGGCCAUACGGGCCACACAGACCACACGGGCGUGGGCCUGCACCAACAUACUCACCUGGUGGGCCCCCAGACUCCCCUCCCCUCACACUCCCCUUUGCCCCCGCACUCCCCCAUGGGUGCGCCCUCACCCACUUCUCCCUACACAAGCCUGCACCAUCACCCUCACCACCACAUCCCCACUCACUCCCGGUAGGGGCGAGCCUGCUGCCCUCCACCCCAGUCCUACGCCCCCUCAACUCUAUGUCUUGCUACCAAUUCAUCGGAUUAUAACCGCAUGACAUGGGCGUGGGCGUGAGCGGGUGAGAGCGGCAGCACGGCGGCGGCGGCGGGCUGCACUCAGGUCCCAGAACCUGAAUGUGGGCCGCACCUGCCGGGCACUGAAGGGCUCGGGAACAACACCUCUGUUCACUCAGCUGACACUCGCCUCGUUAACCCGGCAGGUGUGUCGGUGAGUGUAGCUGCUGUAUCAGUUAAAGAAAACAACAGUUGGCAGUGUAGAAGACUUGAGUAGAGGAACUUCCCUGGAGCCCUUCACCAGCCCGAGAGCCUCAUGUUGUAGAUUGAUCUCAGUGUGAUGACUUGUGUGCCAUACAUGUACAAGCGGCAGCGGGACCACCGUCACUACCUGUGUGGCGCCCACCAUACUUACGUCUGUCAUAAGGGGAGCAGUGCACCAUCCUGGUGAGGGAUACAACCUUAUUCACCUCGGUGGGCUGCCAGGUAAAGUGCCGGUGGUCUCCGCCAGCCCUACAACUUCCCUGACGGUGGUUGUUUCCCCUGAUGUACGUGGCGGGGCAGUCCCGCUGUGUCUGGGUGCCCUCAGUACCUCUGUGGCCAGGUACUCCCAGGGAGCCCAGCCACCACGGGACCGCCCCGUCCUCACUCACCGCCUCUUGACACACCACAACCAUGACCACAUUUCUCCCUCUCGUGUCACUUAAAUUUUCCCUUGAAUGACAAAGUUGUGUUGAUAGAGUUCAAAAUGGGAGGGUGUGGCCCUGGUGUUGGUGUGUUUGGGGGCGGUUGCCACGUGGUGUUGUGGCCAAGCCGGCUGUGUCCACGUGCUUGUGAUACUCGCUGUCUGCAACCCAUUGUGAUUACUUGUUAAUGUAGAGUGGUAGUCCAGUGUGUGCUCCAAACUUGUCUUGUGCACGUCAAGCAUGUUGUUAUUUUGCUCGUCACACAUUCCCCAAGGAGUCCCUACCUCAGGAACACUUUUAAGUUGCCUUCCAUAACAGCGCCUCCACAUGCUUCCUCACCUUGGAUUGUUUCUGCCUAAAUAUUUCUCACCAGUGAUGAGGAGUGUAUUGUGUUGUGACCGCUCCCACUUGCCCCUCACAAGAGUCAACUGAGGCCUCGAAAUGUUCAGGGAAAUCGUAACAAGUUGGCGCAGCUUAUCAGGUGGGGAAUGAUUUUUUUUUUUUUUUUUUUUACUAAAGCCUUCAGCUUCUACGUAGGUGAAGGAGAUGAGGUUGUCAGCUAUUGAUUGUUUAUCGCGGGUGGAGCCACAGUGGUGAAUGGCGGAGCCUGUCAUGUGAACAUAUAAUGUUGAAGACAUGACCCGUGUGUAGCUUCAGUUGGCACAGCCUCACACAUGUCAAAAAGUUAACCCGGUUGUGCCAGGUCUGAGGACCCUGCUAGUGAGCAGUUUCAUGAUGAAGGACACGAGAGGUUCACUUCCUGUAUGUAAGGUUAUGAUGUAUAGUAGUCUUGUCCUCCCCAGCGCCCUCUUAUCACGGUGCUCUUGAUUGCUGGCUGUGGGAGGGAAGUGUAGUGUAGACCACCAGGGGGCCCCCCAGGGAAGGAGGCUCCUACCAGAAAGAGUGCCAUGCAUGGUUGCUGCGAGAGCGUGAGGUGUGAGAAUGGUUGUCGAGUAGUGACAGUAAGAUUUGUUGCGUCAUGAGGUGUGUUUGUGUCUGUGCGUUAUGUUGAAAUCUUUGAUGACCCUCCGUGGAGCCAUGACUGUGCCAAAGGUUAGUCCAGUAAUCGCAGUCGAGGCGGAACCAUGACUCAGCCCUGCCCAUAACCUGCCCUGCCUCAUGCCCAGCCCUGUCUCGUGCCCUGCCGUAAGACACUGAGCACCGGCUGGUCGCUAGAGGAAAAUUGAGGUGCCGGAGGCUGCGGUGUAAAUAAUGAGUGAAGACGUGUGUGUGUGUGUGUGUAGCAGGAUCACGUGAUGCAGGUUCUGUUGACACCUGCCGCCUUCCGCCUCAGUUAUCAUGCUCGUGCCUCGCCCUCUGCAGCCCCGCCCUGUGUGUGGUCACUGAGCCUGGUGGACCUGUGUGUGUGUCCUUGUGAUCACGUCCGGGAGCUUGUAGCAAUGCACGCAAUACCGCCACCCAGUAGGGUCGUCGUUGCUUAACCUUUCUCAACAGUGCAUGCAUAAUUGUGUAUACUUUGUUAGGGUGCAUGACUUGAGUGGUACCACAAGUGAGUGUGUUGAUGCCACGUCCGGGGUACCAGUGGUGGGUGUGUAGGUGAUGUGGGUAAGGCGCCAUACCUGAGCCCCCGCUCACCUCUCACGCCACCUAUUGUUGCACUUGCUUGACCCUGCAUUGUGUGGUGCCUUACACACGGUGCCCUGAAUGGAUAUUACUGUUGUUGUAUUGGUGAGUGCGAGGGCGUGUAUGUGUGUGAGUGCGUGUGUGUUGGGGGUGGGUGGGUGUGUGCACGUGUAGUGGCGUGGGCAGCAAGUGGACGCCGGCGCUCCUAGUACUGUAUUGGUAACGGUGGAGCGUGGCUGUGCGUCUCUACACAACCAAAUGUGAUGACUUAGUUGUUACGUCCCAGUGGUUCAUUACUGAUAUUGUUAGGCUUACAUAUUAUUAUUAUUGUCAUUAUUAUUAUUAUCAUUAUUAUUAUUAUUAUCAUUAUUAUUUUAGACUUACUGCACUGGUGAGACUCGUUCAUGUGCAUUAUUUGACAAAUGUCGCCUUAAAAAACUUUUUCUACUACUACUACUUUUAUAAAUUAUAUUUGUUCUGUUUGAGAGAGAUUAGACUGGAUGUGUUUCUAGUUGUUGUUGUGCCAUUAUUAAUGUCGCGUUGUAGGAGUGCGUGUAGCUGUAACAAUAAUGGUUGGUCUGUUCGUCUGGGCUGUUGUUGUACCACCCGAGAUGUCCCUCACUGGGGGCGGCGCCACCCACCCCACCCCACUACCACCACCACCACCACUCCUGCCUCCGCCCGACUGUCGCGAAGAAACCGCUCGCUCUUCGUGCUGGGAGGCGCUAAUAUUGUUUACAUUUUUUUAAGGAGUAUGAAUUGUAUUUUGAAAGGUGUUGGUGCUUCAUUUUAUGUUAAUGUUAGAUGACCAAAGUAAGUUGUGGGCGUGAUGUGGGUGUGGGGGCACCAGCGACGGGGUGUAGCAAGGAUAACUAGUCAGCGGACGUGGGUAACGCCAGCUUUAACCAGUCAAGCUCGCGGGGGUCGUGAGGGGCCGUGGAGGGUGUGUGAGGGGUGGGGGGCACCAACAGUCGCGUCGCCCCUCCCACCCAACAGCCGUGCUUUUUGAGGUCCCCAGCGACUUAGGUAGGAUGUGUGGCAUGACGGGACGAGAUCCAGCGCCGCCCUGCUGGACCUUGGUGGCCCGCCCCCGAAGGUGGCCUCCACAGGUUGGUGGCCUCUACUCUGGCCUCCAAUGUUACUGCUCUACUGUGUCGGUGCCCCGCAGCGUGCUGCAGGUCGCAGACGGUGCUGGUGGCCUCUAAGUCUAAGGUAUGGCUUCUCGUGUUGGUGGAGUCUACUGUACUGUGUGGCCUCACGAGCACCACACACGACUCAAGUGUUUACCGGAAGACCAGCGAAGCUUUACAGAGCAGCGCUGCCCCAGAACUUUUUACAUACGGCCGUAGUCUCACCGUCACCUCACCACAUUUGCUCGCCAGGUGUGGGCAAGUCUGGGCUGAGCGGCGGUGGCGGCAGCUAGAGAGGUAUGGAGCUACCACUAGUUCCUGCUGGUGGUGAGGCCAAAGGCAAGGGUAAACCGUGUGCUGCAGCCUGCGCAGGAUGCACUCACCGCCCGUCACCAUGGUGGAUGAUGACUCCUUCCACUACUGAUACACAACAGUGCCAUCCUGUAAGCCGCCCGGGGAAUUAUGCCACCCAUUAGUGCUGCCCCCCCUGGUUGGCCAAACGAUCUGUACAGAUCUUCAGGCUGCCCGACACAGUAUUGCCGACCAUAUAAUCAGUGCCACUCUUGUGAUGUGUGUCAGCCAGGGUCAGUGAUGCCACCCUCCGUCCGAGCAGGCGAGCGAGCCACGCCCUGCGCCCCGUGGUCAUGCCGAGCACAAACCGUGUACAUACAAUGUUUAAGUUUGUUAAUUAACUGUGUAGUGCAAUAGGUAACUUAUUGUAUUUUAGGAUUAUAUCUAAAUCUGGAUUGUAAAUACGAUUUGUUUUAUUAAUCUUGUACAAAUGCAACAGAAAGGUUUCCUAGUAAAGUCAUGCUAUCUGUA